AUGCUGUUAUCCCGCCGGCUCCCCCGCAAGCUUCCCUCUUCAUUGAGACAGUUCUCUGCAUCUGCCAUCUUGCCGAAUGUCCACAAAGUUCCUUGUAUCGGUGAUAUAUUACACAGUGAUUCGUCAACAACCGAUUUCAAAACGCGGGUGUCCGCUUUUCACAAACAGCUGUCCGAUGCCAGAAAUGCGAAGUCAAAAGCCAGCGAUCUCUCUUCCCCUGGUAAUGCUGAGAGAGCGGGAAUCGUGAAGAGUAUACUGUAUGGCUCGAGGGAGGGGCAGAAGGAAGAGGCAGAGAUGGAACAGAGCUACUCGAAAGUCAUGGCGAGGGGGAAGUACGUGCAUGCCAUUGAGAUCCAUCACGCCAAACCGGAUAGGGUUGAGGACUAUGUGAAGCUGGUCGGGGGGGUAUACCCAGCUAUUGCGACUGAUAAAGAGAACAACUGCCAUCUUGUUGGGAGUUGGAAGACGGAAGUUGGCGAAUGUGACACUUUUGGUGGGGUUAGCUCCUGUUUGUUGGUAAGGAUACCUGCUAACCUAGAGGCCAACAGUACAUAUUUGGGAGUAUCAAGGAUGUAAACUUUCCCCAAAUAUCCUAGGCGCUGGAUACGAGCCGGAAUCGUGAUACUGACUCUGGUGAAGAUGCUGGUUACCACAACACGUUCUCAAGGCUCGCGGCCACUCCCACAUUCCCAAAAUUCCAGUCCUCGCUCGCGAAGAUCAUUCGUUCCCGCCGUACCGAUCUCAUGCAAGAGUUCUCCUUCUGGCCUACCAGUCCGCCACGUUCCCUUGGAGGAAUAUUCGAGCUUCGAACAUACACCGUUCUUCCUGGCCAUCUCUUAGAAUGGGAAACGCAUUGGCGCCGUGGCCUCAUAGCCCGCAAAAACGUCAUGGAAGGUGUCGGGGCCUGGUUCUGCCAGAUAGGGUCAUUGAAUACAGUCCAUCACUUGUGGCAGUUUGCCGACCUGCGUGAGAGACAAGUUGCCAGGGAGCAAAGCUGGGGCGAAAGAGGAUGGAGUGAUACGGUGCACAAGACCGUGCCCCUCAUCAAAAAAAUGGAAAGCCGAAUCUUGGUGCCUAUGAGCUGGAGCCCUCUUAGUUAG